AUGGCACGACUGUUCAUUGCUGGCCUUCUGGCCGUCCCGGCGCUGGCGAAGAUUGCUGAGGUCGCGGAUACGUUGCCUGAUCACUCGCGUCCCUUUGUCGUGAGACAUUUGGAGGGCCAAAAAGUGCAGCUUGCGGACGAUGUCUUCAGAACGCUGGUGAGUAAAGACGUUGAAUCGGCCGAAUCAACUCCAACAGAUGCUGACAUCGGAUGCUUCUCAUCCAGACCAACAUCAACACGACUGCAAAUGCCAGCGCCAACCCAGUCGCGGCUGGCUUCAGCAUGGUAUGCCAAAGCUUGGAAGAUGUUUCGACUCAACUAAUCCUGUGGAAAUUCGACAGCUCCUGUCGUCCGGAAAACCGAACGAUGCAGUUCCUCCCCACUACGUACGCUUGCGCUCAUAUUCUACAAUGUAGUCUGACACCGCUGACUUGCUUCGAACAGCAUGUCCACUGGCACGAGACCUUCAUUCCCAUGGCCGGUCAAAUCCGUGUCUGGGCCAACGGUCGCCCUCGCGAUCUCGGUGCCGGAGAUUUCGCCAUGGUGCCCGCCAUGACGAAUCACUCCUAUCAGGUAGAAGAAUCAGUGACCGUUCGUCCUUGGACUUGGCUAAUCGCAUCUUCUCACAGCACGUCGCUCAGGAGACCGAGUUCCUUGGACUCAUUCAGCCUGCUGGCUUCGACGAGUUCUUCCAGGCCGUCAGCAGCCCGUGGAGCCCGGCCUACAACGUCCCAUUCCCGCCGGACCAGGCUCUCGCUUUCCCAACGGCGACCUUUGCCAAGGUUGCAACUUCGUUCGACGUCAACCACGUGAACAUGUCGCAGACCGAAAAAGGUGCUUGCGAGGCCGACUGGCACGAGGGCAACGGCACUCUGCCCAACGACUCCAAGACUCCCUACUUCCUCGCCAACGGUGCCGGCCCUCACUACUGGUACGAGGCUGGUGGUGCCGUCAUCUCCCCUCUGGCAACCAGCGUCCAGACGAACGGAAACUUCACCAUUGCUCAGAUCAGCAUGCGCAAGACCAACGCUAAUGCGACCGUGGCCUCAUGGUCUUCGAUCGAUCAUCAGUUCAUCUUCGGCAUGAAGGGGAGGGUUAAAUUUGGCAUUGCCGGCGAGGACGUGGAAUUGAUCUCGGGCGACUCGCUCUUCAUCCCAGCCGGCACCAAUGUCACUUUCCGCUCCACCGUCAACUACAACAAAUUCCUGUGGUGCAGCGGUGGUCCGAAUGGUGUUGAUAGCCAGCUGAUCAGAGCCGGCAAGAAGUGGGCGUACUCUACCCCACCAGCUCAUUGA